GCGCCCCCACCCCCCUCAGUUUGGAUGGAAGGAAAGACUUUUCAAGGAGCUGCAAAAGAGUUUGCAAAGCCCGACGAGGAGAGACGGACCAGGGCGAGCAGAAGGAGCUCCAAAUGUGAACAGAGACGGCGGUGACUUUGUGCCCAGAGCUGUGGAAGUUUGGGUAAAAAGACCGUUAACUGGGAGCGCUGCACUUUAAAAUAACUUCAGCAAACAUCUCUGCAACAAUGGACUCCGUUGAAGACUAUAGUGUGAACUACACCUAUGAGUAUGUCCUGGAAUACGGUGAUUUUGAUGACCUUAAAGUAGACCACAGUCAGGUGGACCCUAUACACAUCAUCUCUGUAGUAAUCUACAUCAUUUCCAUUGUUUUUGGCCUGAUCGGGAAUGGAACGGUUAUCUGGUUGACUGCAUUUAAAAGCAAAAAGACCAUCAACGCUGUCUGGUUGCUCAAUCUGGCCGUGGCAGACUUUGUGUUUGUGCUGUUCCUGCCUUUCUACAUUGAUUACAUUCUGCGGGACUUCCACUGGAACUUUGGCGUGGCCAUGUGCAAGAUGAAUUCCUUUGUGUCUGCAAUGAACAUGUAUGCCAGUGUCCUCUUCAUCACCGUGCUCAGCAUAGACCGAUAUGUCUCUCUGGUGCAUCUCAACUGGUCUCAGAGGUACCGCACUAUCGGCAGGGCCUGGUCUGUGUGUGGCUGUAUUUGGGGUCUAGCUGCAGCCCUGAGCUGUCCCGCCUUGAUCUUCCGUGACACCAUACGCGUACACAACAAGGUGCUGUGCUUCAACAACUUCCACACACAGGACAGCUACACAAUGGCUAUGAGACACGUGAUAAUAGUGGCCAUCCGCACCACAGUCGGCUUCCUUUUCCCGUUUACGGCUAUAUGUGUGACAGGCACACUUCUGUCAAUCAAAGUGAAAAAGUCUGGGGGUUCGGUUCCCAUAUCCAGUUUCUCCAAAACAGUCACUGCAGUCAUUUUGGCUUUCUUUUUAUGCUGGGCACCUUUCCACGUUUUCAGCUUGAUGGAGUUAUCCAUACAUUCUACCUUUUAUCUCCACAAUGUUCUGAAGGCUGGCUUCCCCCUCACCACCAGUUUAAGCUUCUUUAACAGUUGCAUUAACCCCCUGCUCUACAUGUUCCUGAGCAAGAGGGUGCGUGUCAUCCUAAAGCAUGCAUGCCUGGACAUCACUAAGAGCUCACUUAAAGAGCUCAGUCAGUCCAUUUCCGCCACAGACAUUGAGUCUAUACCAGGGGCUCAUCCAGAUCACUUCCCAGAGGAGCCCGUGGCCUCAUCAAAUCUAUGAACGCAAUCAUCCUAACAAGACUGUUCACGCAGCGUCAAUGACGAAGAUUAUCAGAGCUAUUUAUCCCAGCUCCAGUGUUCAGAUUUUCCUAUUUUAUUUCAUUCCUACUGUUACGCCUACUUCAGCUGUCAAUUAUCCUUGAUGGAAAAGCUGAAUAGAAGUUAAUAUAAUGUGCACAGGCAGUUAAUAUAUUUACAUUCGUUUGCAGAAGCCAAGUUAUCAGCACAGAGACAGACAGCUGGGAAAGUUGUUAAUUGAUCAGUGGAAAAUAGUUCUGCAAAAGGGAACACCAAAGUCAGAGCAUAUUUCAUACAUUUAAUUCUUUUUUACCUUUAUAUGCUAUUAAUAGUUGUCUGAUUCUUUUAAAAGGAUACACGUACAGCGGAUAUUGACUUGUAGUAAUAUUUUAGUAUAUUAUAUGUUUUACAUAGCCCCAUGUAGACUUUUUAAAAUCAUGGUUUAAUGUAUCUGUAAGAUUUUUUUUUACCAGUAAACAGGAGUGUAGUUAUGUGUAAUCCUAAUAUAUUUCAAAUAAAUAUGC